AUGAAAGCUCUCAUUGCUACUGGAUUGGUGUUUGUUUCUAGGCCUUUUCAGUGUUUGAAAGUCUUUGAAGGCAGAAAACGUGCUGUUCAUGACCGCCCCUUCCCAGCACAGACUCGGUUAUCUGAAACGGGAAGGGCGCUCCAGCAAGUUAUUGAACCAGCGGAACAGCCCACUCCCGCGAUAUCUGGCUUGUGCUCAAUGCUCCUCCACGCGUCCUCCCCUUAUCUCGGCCUUUCUCAGGCAUUGACGCACAGUCCAAGGUCUAAUUACUCGAGGAUCCUCCCAUUUUCCUUCCACCAGCUAAAUGGAGUCUGCGCCAAGAGAGGGAGUUUUGACACUUGGUCGGAUGCGGGGCUGCGCUUUGCUCCAAGGCUGGGUCCUUGCUUGCGUACUGCCGCGCGCGCUCAGAGGCCCCGGCGCCCUCUUCGAGCCAUCGCUGCCGCUGGCACCUCUUACAGCGCCGGCGUUCGGCCCCCACCCCGGCACACCGCGAUCCUUACGCGCGGAGCGGACCCAGGCCCACUGGAACUCCCCCGGCGCCCAAGCGUGGUGCCGCCAAGCCAGCUGGAAUCGGCUCCCAGCGCAGCGCGGGCCCGAGGCGGCGGCGAGGGGCGGCAGCGGCGGCGCCUGAGACCCGCGCUCUACGUCCUCCGGUGCGGUGAGGUGGUUCCGGAUCUGUCCCGGUGCAUUUGCCUGCGAACCACGCAACCGCCCCCAUGCUCCGCCAGCGAGCCUGUCGGCCACAGCUUGAGUCUCUCCAUGAAGAGAAUCGCAGGCAUCUUUUUCCUGCCAUUUAUCAUGUCAGGCUUUGCUCCUCGGGCCAAACAUGGUGUGAACCGCGUGGCUGGAAAGGUGCUACAGUCCCAGUCCAGGUUUAAUUGGUCUCAUCUGGUCCCUGCUGAGCUGAAGGACCGGUAUUUGGGACUUCAGACCAAAAGCAAGGGCAGGGACAAUCCACACUUCACGCUGGAGGGUCACAAGUUCCUGAUCUUCGGGGGCUCCAUACACUACUUCCGAGUGCCCAGGGCGUACUGGAGAGACCGAUUGCUAAAGCUGAAGGCGUGCGGCUUCAACACCCUCACCACCUAUGUUCCGUGGAACCUCCAUGAGCCAGAAAGAGGCAAAUUUGACUUCUCUGGGAACCUGGAUCUGGAGGCCUUUAUCUGGAUGGCCGCGGAGCUUGGGCUCUGGGUGAUUCUGCGUCCAGGCCCCUAUAUCUGCAGUGAGAUUGACCUGGGGGGCUUGCCCAGCUGGUUGCUACAAGACCCUGACCUGAAGCUGAGGACAACCAACAAGGGCUUUGUUGAUGCAGUUGAUCAUUAUUUUGAUCGUCUGAUUCCGAAGGUAGUCCCCCUCCAGUACCACCGGGGAGGUCCUAUCAUUGCUGUGCAGGUGGAGAAUGAAUAUGGCUCGUAUAAUAAGGAUAAAGACUACAUGCCAUAUGUUCAACAGGCCCUGCUGCAAAGAGGGAUUGUUGAACUGCUCUUGACCUCGGAUAAUGAGAGAGACGUGCUAAAAGGUUACAUAGAAGGAGUGCUGGCCACCAUCAAUAUGAAGACACUUAGCAGCAAUGCUUUUAGUCUGCUUAAUAAAGCACAGUUUACAAUUCAAAGUAAAAAACCCAUUAUGAUUAUGGAAUUCUGGGUUGGAUGGUUCGACACAUGGGGAAAUCAACACUUCGUUAGAGAUGCGAAAGAGGUUGAACAUACUGUGCUUGAAUUUGUCAAAGCCGGGAUCUCCUUCAAUGCAUAUAUGUUCCAUGGUGGAACCAACUUCGGUUUCAUGAAUGGGGCUACAUAUUUUGGGAAGCACAGAGGUGUUGUCACAAGCUAUGACUAUGACGCUGUGCUGACAGAGGCAGGGGAUUACACGGAAAAAUAUUUCAGGCUUCGAAAACUCUUUGGAUCCAUCUUAGCAACUCCCCUGCCUCCCUUACCUGAUCUUGUUCCCAAGACUGUGUAUCCUGCUGUAAGACCUUCACUCUAUUUGCCACUGUGGGAUGUCCUCGAGUACUUGAAUGAGCCGGUGAAAUCUAAUGCACCAGUCAACAUGGAGAAUCUUCCUAUAAACCACGGAAGUGGACAGUCCUAUGGAUUCGUACUCUAUGAGACUACCAUAUGCUCUGGAGGUCAUCUGUAUGUACAUGCUCAAGAUAUGGCACAGGUGUUUUUGAAUGAGACAGUUAUAGGAGUUCUGGAUGACAACACUCAGGACUUGGACAUUCCCAAAUUCAAGGGCUGCCAACUUCUGAGGAUCCUGGUGGAGAAUCAAGGACGAGUCAAUUAUUCAUGGAAAAUUCAAGAGCAACAGAAAGGAUUAACUGGAUUUAUUGGCAUCAAUAGCAUUCCCCUGAAAGGUUUCACUAUCUAUUCUCUGGAAAUGAAAAUGAACUUCUUUGAGAGGCUGCGCUCUGCUACCUGGAGGCCUGUCCCAAAGAGCUAUUUGGGCCCUGCUUUCUACCUCGGUACCCUGAUGGCUGGCCCUUCUCCCAAGGACACCUUUCUGAGACUGCAGGGAUGGAAUUAUGGAUUUGUGUUUAUCAAUGGACAUAACCUUGGGCGAUAUUGGCAUAUUGGACCUCAGGAAUCACUUUACCUUCCUGGGGCCUGGCUUCAUCCAGAAGACAAUGAGAUCAUCCUGUUUGAGAAAAUGAUGAGCGGCUUAUACAUCGAAUCCAUGGAUAAGCCCUACCUAUAAGACUCUAUUUUAACACGUUUCUUGGAUGGUUGGAGUUCAUUUACAAGUAAUUUUUCAAGAAGAGUUAUGUCAAGAAUAUCAAACACAGUAUUACUUACAAUAGCAAAAAUGUGAAAAAUAACACACACACAAAAAUAACAGUAGGUAAAUUGUUAUGUAAAUUAUAGUGUAUCCAUAUGAUGGCUAUUUUUAGACCUUAAAAAGUCUUCAAAAUCUUUAAUGACUUUAAUGAUUUUGAUCUAGGUGAAGACUUACUUCUUAGUAGGUUCUUAUUCUGUAAUCAAAUGUGAUUUUAGGCAAAUAUGAAUAAAAUAAAAGCAAACGUUUA